UUCAGAAGUGCAGACCAACUAACCAACGAGAUAUGAAAUAUGAUCUCGUUCAUUUGUGUAGAUGUCGUUACACGGUUCACACGGUUUCGGUCAACUGCUGGUGAUAUAGAGACAGACAGAUUAACACAUAACGGAAUGUCAGUGUUCAGGUGUUUCCUGAAUGUCGUAAUUAAAAAGCAGAUUUAGAAAAUCGGAAAUUAUAGCUAAACCACUUUCAGGGUGGUAAUCCAUAUACAGAAACCGGUCAAUGCCUAAUCGAAUUGCUGUCGAAUAAUUAGUUUAUAACGGAUAAUAGAUAAGUCAUCAUUUACACCUGACAGGUCGAACGGUGAAAUGGAUUUUAAACGGAUUAAUUUUCACCGUUGGAAAACUAACUAGUUGCAAUUGAUUGAAACACUGCGUUAUCCCGUACCACUGUGUAUUAGUUUUGAGUAGUGCAAAAAAUAAUACAUAAACCGCUAUUGAUUGCUAAGUGAGCAAUAUGCAGUGGAUGAAACAAGUGGAUGAAACAAGUGCAGAAAUUUAAUUCAAUUAAGCUGCCCAACCAACGAACAAUUGUGGCUCGAUUUCGAUUUUUGUGGCCGCGGGGAAUUCAAACAGGCAAAAAACCAAAUCGCGGUGUUCAUGGUUUAUGCCAACCAACCGAAAUUUUGUUAGCAUGAGCAAAUGGUCAUGCCGCGCAUACAGUUAUGCAAAUAUAAUAUCCUGUAUCCCUGGAUGGCAGAGUAGCUCGGUCAAAAAACACUGGAAUAAAAUCAACGUAACGAUAAGAUAACGAUAGUAACGAUAAACAGAAAAAAAAUGUGAAAGUGAGUUCAGUUUAUUCAAUAGUAAAAAAUACAACUUGUGCAGGAAACUGUAAAAGUGUAUGCUCAGUGAAACUGCUACACCGGCUACAAAUAAACCUUAAAAAAUGUUCACCAAUUGGUUAGCGCCACCACCUACAACAACUCUGCCACCGGAUACAAUAAUAGAAGUAGGACCACCACCAUUCACCCGUUAUGCCGCUCACAGUGCAUUAGUUUCCGCCCACAGUGGUUACCUACGAGCAGCUUUACGUUCCGACAGGUCAUCGGCAACCGUCACGGACACUAUACCGAUAUACGUUCCUAAUGUGACAACAGAUCAGUUCACCCCUCUCCUCGCAUAUAUGUAUACUGGAUUUCUAGAUCUGAACUUAGAAAAUAUUUUCGGCGUUCUACUAGCAACGCACAUUCUACAUAUGCCUCGAGCAUUAGAACUAUGUCGUGCUUUUCUCUCCGCAACUCAACAAACGGAAAACUAUUUCGGUGGACUGGGUAGUCUUUCCGGCAGUGCCGGAACCAGCGGCCACAGUUUAUCGAAAGUUAAACCGGAAUCGGAAACCUGCAGCAGCAGUAGUAAGGUGGUAAGGCCUAUUGCUAGUAAAGCAACCGGAAUUGGACUAAAUUUCAUAGCUCCACCAACAUCACACAUAUCCCUUCCUAGUACGAAUACGCAAUUCAAAAGCUUGCUGACGGUAAGCCAGCCAACAACGGCGGUAGUUGAAAAUAUCGAAAAUUCGACACCUCCUCUGGGGAAUGCGAUAGCACCAUCGUCCUCGGAAACAACAGUUACAACCGAUAACGAACAAAGCGUGCCACGUCCAGUGGAGGUAUCGAAACCACUCUCAAAAGAAUCAAAUCAAAAACAGCAAUCAAAAUCGUUAAAACGUAAUGUAUCCAAGUCUGAAUCUGUAGUAACGACUGUAGCAAAGGACGCUAAUGGAACUGACAAAGGAGUAAUCAUCGACAUUGCCAGUUGCGACGGUCCUGUGCGCUUCCGUCGAGUUCUCAACGACAGUUAUGGCACUAACAGCACGAACAACAUUAUCUGUAUAUCGGAAGAAUCGAAAGGACACUCGCGCUACAUGAGUUCAUCCUUUCAUCAACAGAUGGUGCGCAACAUCAACGAGCGGAAGCAGCAUCAAACAACGCAUGAAAGUUACGGCUGCGGCAGUACCAAGGAUGAAAACAGCCAAGACAACAACCAAUUACAAGGAACAGUUAGCGUUGGUGCGUCAGAUGGAACCGGUGGCGAAAUGUACAACUGUGUGUAUUGCAAGCAUACUUUUAAAUCCCAGUACUGCUAUCAAAAGCAUGCAAAGCGCCAUCUAAUUCCACUCAGUAUGGAAACAGGAAGUACUACUAAUAACAACAGCAAUGUCAUACUGGCAUCACUAAACGAUUCCGGUGAUAAGGAAACGCUUUCGACAAGACAUCGGAAAACAGUGCUUCACUGCGGUAGCGCUAAGCGUGAGGUGAAACCGCUGGACAUGAACGUGCAGUAUUAUCCGUGCAAAACAUGUGGGAGUAAAUUUCCCAGUUAUUACUUUGUGCAUAAGCAUAGGAAAAUGUGCCAUGUCGAUGAGGAAAUGCUUUCAACUAUCUAGCUUCAGUAAAAUAACGCACACGAACAGGGUACUAAACAUAAUAUCAAAAUUUUAUUACACAUUGUUGUAUCAACUACAUAUCAAAAUCAAAUAAAACUUUAGCUUCGGGUCAGCAUAAACGGCUUUUUGCAUAUAAUCAAAUUGUGAACAUGUUCUCAGAAUAAGAGACAACUCUAACUUCUAGCACUAGCAGACGCCAGGACCGACCAAAAGUAAGUGUCAUAUUUCUGGCCGCCCGGUAUAAAACACUCAUAAUAAAAAAGCA